AUGGCGACACACGCGACCGACACAACCGCCGCGGGGCCCGAGGCCGCUGCGGAGGUCAAGCCGAAGCUUCACGGUCGGGCCUUUUACGAGAGCAUAGGGAGCCCAAAGUACAUCCUGGCUCCCAUGGUGGACCAAUCUGAAUUCGCAUGGCGAAUGCUGAGUCGAUCGUUCCUUACCCCCGAAGAGCAGACCAACCUGGUCGCAUACACGCCCAUGUUCCACGCCAGGAUCUUCAACGACACGGAGCACUACCGCGACGGUCACUUCCAGGCCGUGCGCCCCGCGACCAACGGCGGCACCGAGGCGAAGCCGACGCCGGAGCCGUGGCUCGACGGCAACCCGAAGAUCGACCGGCCGCUGUUCGUGCAGUUCUGCGCCAACGACCCGGACGCGCUGCUGGGCGCCGCUCUCAAGGCCGCGCCGUACUGCGAUGCGGUGGACCUGAACCUGGGGUGUCCGCAGGGCAUCGCGCGCAAGGGCAAAUACGGCGCGUUCCUGCAGGAGGACCAGGAGCUCAUCUUCAAGCUGAUCAACACGCUGCACAAGAACCUGCCGAUCCCCGUGACGGCCAAGAUCAGGAUCCUGGACACCAAGGAGGCGACGCUCGCGUACGCCAAGAACGUGCUCGCGGCGGGGGCGUCGAUCGUCACGGUGCACGGCCGCCGGAGGGAGCAGAAGGGCCACCUCACGGGGCUGGCGGAUUGGGGCAUCAUCAGGUGGCUGCGCGAGCAGCUGCCGGCUGAGACGGUGCUCUUCGCGAACGGGAACAUCCUGCAGCAUGCGGACCUGGCGCGCGCGCUGGAGGCGACGGGCGCGGACGGGAUCAUGAGCGCGGAGGGGAACCUGAGCGACCCGGCCAUCUUCGGCAGGGAGCCCGAGCCCGGGAGCGAGGUCGAGAAGAGGGAGUACUGGCGCGGGAGGGACGGCAAGGGCGGGUGGAGGGUGGACGCUGUCAUGAGGCGGUACAUGGACAUUCUGCACAGGUACGCGGCCGGUGUGGAGCCGCCUGCGCGGCGUCCGCUGUUUGUGCCUGGCGACGACACGGCGUGGAUGAAGGAGAUGGACCAGGCUGCUGCUGAGGAGGACGAGCCUGCGCGGAAGAAGAGGAAGAAGGACACGCCCGGGAAGAAGGCGAGCGGCAAGAAGGAGCGCACGAAUAACCCAAACUACGCGGCGAUGCAGCCGCACAUGUUCCACAUGUUGAGGCACUUUGUGUCGAAACAUACCGACGUCAGGGACAUGCUCGCGCGCGCCCGGGCGGGCGACAUGGAGGCGUACGAGGAGAUUUUGAGCAAGGUGGAGAGGAAGGUGGCGGACGGACUGAUCGAGUAUGAGAAGAGCGAUGGGAAGAUGUUUGAGACAGAGGGUGAAGGGGGGGAGGAGGAGAUUGUCGAGGAUGGGGAGAGCUCCAAGGGGGCUGUGCAGAGGUGUGCGAGGCCGUGGUGGGUUGUGCAGCCCAUCAUCAGGCCGUUGCCGAAGGAGGCCAUGGCCAAGGGGGCUGUCUCGCUGAGCAAGAAGGACAAGGCCAAGUUGGCGAAGGAGAAUGGCAACGGGGAAGUGAAUGGCGAGAAGAGCGUUGAGGAGAAGGUCUUGGGAGACGGGUGA